AUGGCCAUGAAUGAAGAGACACUCCAGAGAAAUCGGAACUCUAAACUUGUACCAAACAUAGAUGUGGACUUUAAAUUCACACAACCUAUAUGUGGUGGAAACCCCCAAGCUAAGAAAUUAACAGAAAACACUGUUUCCAAACCAGUGAAACUUUGGGUGUCAUCUUUGCACUUUCCCUCUCCCUGCUCCAGAAUACCAGUGUCUCCAAGAGGGGAGCUUUCACGCAUGUCUGGUACCCCAGUUUUUACAUCUGGUAAGCCACUGAACAUCCCUUGUAAAGCAUUCUUUGGAUUCAGUGGAGAGUCUGGACCAAUGAUCUACUGGAUGAAAGGGGAGAAGUUUAUUGAGGAACUGGCAGGUCACAUUAGAGAAGGUGAAAUAAGGCUCCUCAAAGAGCAUCUUGGAGAAAAAGAAGUUGAGUUGGCACUCAUCUUUGAUUCAGUGGUGGAGGCUGACCUGGCGAAUUAUACCUGCCAUGUGGAAAACCGAAAUGGACGAAAACAUGCCAGUGUUCUGCUGCGUAAAAAGGAUUUAAUCUACAAAAUUGAGCUUGCAGGAGGCCUGGGAGCAAUCUUCCUCCUCCUUGUACUGCUUGUGGUCAUCUACAAAUGCUACAAUAUUGAAUUAAUGCUCUUCUACCGACAGCAUUUUGGAGAUGAUGAAAUUGCAGAUGACAACAAGGAAUAUGAUGCCUAUCUCUCUUACACAAAAGUGGACCAAGAUACUUUAGACUGUGACAACCCUGAAGAAGAGCAAUUUGCUCUUGAAAUAUUGCCAGAUGUGCUGGAAAAACACUAUGGAUAUAAACUAUUCAUCCCAGAAAGGGACCUAAUCCCAAGUGGAACCUACGUUGAAGAUCUCACAAGAUAUGUUGAGCAAAGCAGAAGACUUAUUAUCGUGCUAACUCCAGACUAUAUUCUCAGACGAGGAUGGAGUAUUUUCGAAUUGGAAAGCAGACUCCAUAACAUGCUAGUCAGUGGAGAAAUCAAAGUGAUUUUGAUUGAAUGUACAGAAUUAAAAGGAAAGGUGAAUUGCCAGGAGGUGGAAUCACUAAAACGCAGCAUCAAAUUUCUGUCCCUGAUCAAGUGGAAGGGACCCAAGAGCAGCAAAUUAAAUUCAAAGUUUUGGAAGCACUUAAUAUAUGAAAUGCCCACCAAGAAAAAAGAAAUGCUUUCUCAGUGCCAUGUUCUGGACUCAGCAGAACAAGGACUUUUUGGAGAGCUCCAGCCUAUACCCUCUAUUGCCAUGACCAGUACCUCGGCCUCUCUGGUGUCAUCUCAAGCUGAUCUCCCAGAUUUCCACCAUUCAGAUUCAAUGCAAACGAGGCAUUGCUGCAGAGGUUAUAAACAGGAGAUGCCAAGCACCACCUUGCCAGUGCCUUCCUUAGGCAACCACCACACUUACUGUAACCUGCCUCUGACACUACUCAAUGGGCAGCUACCCCUUAACAAUGCCCUGAAAGAUACUGAUCAUAGGAACAGUUCCCUGCUACCUUUGUCACCCAAAGAGCUUAGCUUCACCAGUGAUAUUUGGUAGUGGAAAAUCUGAGGUCCUCUGAACAGCUAUGUGUGCACACAAAAUUUCUCCUAUACCAAGCAAAAAGUACACCUAGUAACGUUGAGGUGCUGAAAAAGUGUUCAAAGAAAACCACACAGAAAUCACUUUUGUAUCUAAAUUUUGUUCACAUUUCCACAAUAGUGGGGG